UCGAGAAAAUCUAGCCGGUUUAGAAAUGGCGAUAAGAAAAAGUUCUUGGUUAUCUGAAAUGGCUUCCGCUGAAAAUCUCGUUUUUCAUUUCCAUUCCGCGCAUUGCAUCUCUGUCACUACGGACGACAGACAUUUCUGCGAUGGAAGAAUUAGGCGAAGACAUCGAAAAGCUUGACCAAACCUCAAAAAACUCUUCAUCGCCUGGGACACCAACUGUGAACGCCCGAGAUGCUGUCGAUGAAUUGCACCACGUUGAAACGGGCAAAGUUAAAGAGCACGAUGGCGAGAACAUACAGCUUGAGAAGACUAAGUCUCUCGCUGAAACUAUGUCUUUGCCUCACGAGAUAGCGUUCAUUGCAAUUGUAUGCAUGGCGCAAUUUUUCACCCAAGCUGCCCUUGGUCAAGCGGUCUCGAUCAUUAACGUUAUAGGCGAGUCCUUCAACAUCACCAGCCCUGGCAUCCUAUCUUGGCUACUCGCUGGCUACUCUCUUACUGUCGGAACCUUCAUUUUAAUCUCCGGUCGUCUCGGCGAUCUCUUCGGAUACAAGCGCCUCCUUCUCAUCGGCUUCUCCUGGUUUGCUCUCUGGUCCAUGGUCGCCGGUCUUGCCGUCUACUCAAACUCAGUCCUCUUCAUAUUUGCGCGUGUCCUACAGGGCAUUGGCCCCGCGAUCGUGCUCCCCAAUGGAGUCGCAAUCUUCGGAGCCAUGUAUGCGCCAGGGCCAAGAAAGGCUAUGGUCUUCUCCAUCUUUGGUGCAUGUGCGCCCAAUGGCAGCGUUGCCGGUUCAGCCAUGGCUGGUGUGUUUGCAUUAACAUGGUGGCCAUGGGCAUUUUGGAGCGAGGCAAUCGCAUUGAUCUUCAUCACGGUCUCCGCAUAUUUCGUCAUACCAGAACCUCCAAAGAAGAAGGAAGCAACCACGUUAACACUAUGGGAAAAGAUGGAGCACAUUGACCCUUUUGGGUCCGUCACUGGUGUCACCGCUCUCGUUCUUAUCAAUUUCGCGUGGAACCAGGCUCCGGUCGUCGGGUGGCAAGAAGCAUAUGUCUACAUCUGCCUUAUCCUUGGAUUUAUCUUCUUGGGUUUAUUCUUCUUUGUUGAGUUUCGCAUCUCAAAAUAUCCGCUCAUCCCAUUCGAAGCUUUUACUGCCGACGUGGCAUAUGUCCUCGGCGCCAUAGUUUGCGCAUGGGGCACUUUCGGCAUUUGGUUCUUUUAUACAUGGUUAUUCUUUCUGAAUCUAAGGCAUGCGUCGCCGCUCCUGACCACCGCAUACAUGUCGCCCGUCUGCCCGUCUGGAGCGAUUGCAGCAUUGUGUACCGGUUGGAUGCUGGGACGCUUCCGCGCAGGCGUUGUGAUGACGAUGUCCCUUGCCGCUUUCUUGAUUGGUACAAUUCUCAUGAUGACUGCUCCAGUCGACCAAACGUACUGGGCGCAAACCUUCGUCGCCGCAAUUAUAACGCCUUGGGGCAUGGAUAUGUCCUUCCCUGCGGCAACACUAAUUCUCAGCAAUGCAGUCAAAAAAGAACAUCAGGGCAUUGCCGCCAGUCUCGUAAACACGUUGGUUAACUACAGCAUCUCCAUAGCGCUAGGCUUUGCUGGUACAGUGGAAGUACAUGUGAAUCAUGGCGGCCGCUCACCCGACGAUCUGCUCCUGGGUUAUCGUGGAGCUUGGUACAUUGCCACUGGUCUUGCAAGUCUCGGACUUGCGAUCAGUAUACUUUUCCUGGCACGAAGUCAUUGGCACGAUUACAGGCAGUCAAAACAAAGUCAUGUUUAGGUAGUGACUUAAAGUUUGAAGACACAAAAUGGCGAGCGAAGCUUAUACUUAAGUAGUACUCUUUUCUCUUCUCCAGAAUUGAACACUGGAGAGAAUGCAGCCCCAAAAGAGAAAAAUAUACAUAAUGCAAAGGCCUUUUGCACAUUUUUCUGUAAAUCUCUUGUACGAUGGUUCGCAUUUGUCAUUCGAGAGUCCUAACAUAGUCAAGACUCUGGCAUAUCCUGUCGGCAAUUUUGCCAAACGUCUGGGCUACCAUUAUGUCGAUUUAGUCGAUCACACAGUAAAGAGUUCGCUGCCACGCCAGAGCAAAGGAGCAGAUCACUGUGAUACUUUAGUAUCUUCUGUUUAAUUUAACAAAACCAGGACUAAGUAAUUCAAUGG